UCCAGGCCUGGUAGUGGAAGGAAACGCAGUGGACCACUGGUUGUCUUGCUAAGGAAUAAAUAAUAUAUUUCUUCAAACAUUCAGUUGUGUAUUACAGAGGAAGGAUUGGCUACCGCAGUUGAACAGUUUUGGAUUAACUCAAGCUUUCUGUGGGAGAGGGGUCUUGAAAGGGAAGUCCCACUUGGAUGUCCAAAUACAGUGUGUUUUUCAAGAUUUCAUCAUGAAUCGGAAUAAGCGUGAAAAGGAGUAUUACAGUUUAGACGUCGGAGAUUCCACUUUCACGGUUUUGAAGCGCUAUCAGAACCUCAGACCCAUAGGAUCUGGAGCACAGGGGAUCGUCUGCUCAGCAUAUGACCACAAUCUCGAGCGAAAUGUUGCUAUUAAGAAACUCAGUCGACCUUUUCAGAACCAGACUCACGCCAAACGUGCUUACAGAGAGCUGGUGCUCAUGAAGUGUGUCAACCAUAAGAACAUCAUAGGCCUAUUAAAUGUUUUCACACCACAGAAGACACUAGAGGAGUUUCAGGACGUGUACCUGGUGAUGGAGCUGAUGGAUGCCAACCUGUGCCAGGUCAUUCAGAUGGAGCUGGACCACGAGAGGCUGUCCUACCUGCUCUACCAGAUGCUGUGUGGCAUCAAGCACCUCCACGCUGCUGGCAUCAUACACAGGGAUUUGAAGCCCAGCAACAUUGUGGUGAAGUCAGACUGCACACUGAAGAUCCUGGACUUUGGCCUGGCCAGAACAGCGGCCACCGGCCUCCUCAUGACCCCCUAUGUUGUCACACGCUACUACCGUGCCCCUGAGGUCAUCCUGGGGAUGGGCUACCAGGCCAAUGUGGAUAUAUGGGCUGUGGGCUGCAUUAUGGCAGAAAUGGUUCGCCACAAAAUCCUUUUUCCAGGAAGGGAUUAUAUCGACCAGUGGAACAAGGUGAUUGAACAGCUGGGGACUCCGUCUCAGGAUUUCCUGAUGAAGCUUAACCAGUCGGUAAGGACCUAUGUGGAGAACCGACCUCGCUACGCCGGCUACAGCUUCGAGAAGCUCUUCCCUGACGUCCUCUUCCCUGCCGACUCGGAACACAACAAACUGAAAGCGAGUCAAGCCAGAGACCUAUUAUCAAAAAUGCUGGUAAUAGAUGCAUCCAAACGGAUCUCAGUGGAUGAGGCUCUGCAGCACUCCUACAUAAAUGUUUGGUAUGAUCCGACUGAAGUGGAGGCGCCUCCACCCCUCAUCACAGACAAACAGCUGGAUGAGAGAGAGCACACUGUUGACGAGUGGAAAGAGUUGAUAUACAAGGAGGUGUUUGACUGGGAGGAAAGGACGAAGAAUGGGGUGAUCAGGGGACAGCCAGCCUCUCUAGGUGCAGCAGUGAGUGGAGACACCCAGCAGCACCAGCAGCAUCCCCACCCUUCCAUCUCCUCCUCCACGUCUGUCAACGAUGUGUCCUCCAUGUCCACCGACCCCACCCUGACCGACACGGACAGCCGCCUGGAGAUGGCCACCACAGCAGGAGGCCCGCUGGGCUGCUGCAGAUGACUAUCAACCUGUCCUCCUGUCCCUGCCCCCGUCCGGACAUGGCUCCCACCUCUCCGCUUGUCUUCAAUGGUGUAGCAUUUAGGCCAGUUUUUUGCUGUUUUAUGUUUUUGUUUUCUGAAACGAACAAAAGAAACUUUUUUUUUCGAACUGCUACAGAGUUGUUAUUUUAGUUAGUUAGGUUUAUUUUAUUUUUUACUCCUGGCUGUAAUUUAUUGUUGCAUAUCUUUAUUUUGGAUUUUUGGGGAGCCGAAGACAGAGAACGUAAAAAUGUUACUAUACUUCGGUUUCUUAACAAUAUUGAGAUUUUUUUUGAGAAACAUCUUUAAAGGCUUUCAUGUGACUUUGACGUAUUUUUUUAAGUUGCUCAUUUUACUUCAAGCUACUGCUAUUUCAACUUGCCAUAUCAAUGUAGAAUGGGUUUGUACAGAUUUUAUAUUGUACAUUGUAUAUUUUUUUUCAGUUUGCAGUGAGCCAUUUUAAACAUAAUUUUAUUGAUAAAUGUUUGAUUUUAGAUCUCCCCUGCAGAAUCCUAAAAUUGUAUUUAGCCUUUUUUGAUCAGAUAUCAUAACUAUCAGAUAUUGUGUAUAAAAAGAAAAGUUUCCUCUUGUGAGUCACUACUUCCUUGUAAAAAGUUUCAAGUUUAUGAAAGCUUUAUUUUUUGCUAGCUUAUGUUUAGUUUAGUCUUAAGAUAUCUCAAAAUGCUGUUUGAAUUCAGAACCAUUUUCCUUAUGGGAUAUAAGAUGAGUCCCCUUUUCAGAUUUGUGAUUUUGCCAGAUUUAAAUUUGUGGUUGUCUUAUAGUCCAGGAAUGGUGCAGUUAGGGUAACUUAAGAGCUUUCAGAAAGGAUCAUAAUUUGUUUUCUACACGACUGCACUGGUUUGUUAUAAUUAUUCUACGGGUGGAUCUUGUUUUAAUCGUAGGUGGUUUUGAUGUUGACGUAUGACUGAGAAACGUGUGGGAGCUUGGAGAUGAGAAGCAGGAGUUGAGCUUGCAUAGCUUUUGAGAAGGGAGUCAGAACAUGGAAGUAAGGGAUGGUUUGAGGAUGUGAUGAUAUUGGUCUUUGGCAAGAUAAAGGUUCUUUGGGUUCCUUGAGGAAAAAAAACUAUUAUCUGUAUCCCAUUGUGUAAUUGAUGUACAUUCACAAUUUUAAUACAGCUUGCA